AUGGCCGGAAGUGUGAGAUUUGAGAUGAGUUCUGCCAGUCCAGAGGAGUUGGCCUUUGCAGGGUCCUACCCAAAUGGGCUGAGGGGAAAUUACCCUGGUGCCAGUUUGGAUAGGUCUGGAAGCUUCCGUGAGGGUAGUGAGAGUCGGAUGUUUAGUUCUGGUGGUUGUACACCCAGGGGCAGUGCUUCUUCGACAGGGAAUUUGCCUCCACUGCCUCAGUGCUUGAUGUUAGAUCCUAUUACAAUGGCAGAUCAGAAGUGUCCUUCGCUAGGUGAGUUAAGGAGGGUUCUGGGAGUAUCUUUUGGGGGAACUGCAGAAGACAAUGCAUUUGGAACAGCUCAUCUAAAGCCUCACCCUCCAGUGGCUACAGAGGAACUAAAGUGGGUCAAAGCCAGCGUGCUAGAUGCCUCAAACAAGGCCAGGGUUAGAGCAAAACGGUUGGAUGAAUCUAUAGACAAAUUGAACAGGUAUUGUGAAGCUUUAAACUUAAAGAAGCAGCAAAGGAAUGAGUUUAUAACAAAUGAAAGAUCAGGUGGGUCAAACUUGCCGAAGAUGGGAGCUCAGAUGAAUCGAAACUCUUCAGAUCUUAUGAAUCAAAGGCUGGAAGACAGGACUAAGACUGUCGUGAUGAAUAGACGUGUUCGCUCAUCGGUCACAGAAAUAAGGGCUGAAGGCAGAAGUAAUAUGCUCACAAGGCAGCCUGUGGUCAUGGGAAAGGAUAGGGAUAUGCUUAGAGGUGAAGGCUCUGAUGUUGUUGAGGAAAAGAUUCGCAGACUGCCUGCUGGAGGGGAAGCAUGGGAUAAGAAGAUGAAAAGGAAGCGUUCUGUAGGCACUGUAUUUAGCAGACCCAUGGAUGGUGAUGCAGAGCUAAAACGAAACUUGCAUCAUAAGCCUGCUGAUGAGCCUGGUCCCCAAGCUAGUGAUGCUCAAGGUUUCAGAUCAGGGUCAUUUAAUGGUGGUAAUGGCAUUAACAAGUUAGACUCUAAUUCCUUGUCUGCCAAUGCUAAUGCCCGUGUUGUGCUAAAGAAUGAGCUGGACAAGGUCUCUCUUUCAAGGGAUUUAAUGGCUGGGUUGAGUAAGGAGCGACUUGGAUCAAAGGGAAACAAUAAAUUAAAUGUUCGUGAAGAUAGUCAAAUACCCAGUCCUACUCCAGUGACAAAAGGAAAGGCUUCAAGGGCACCAAGAAAUGGCCCUAUCACAGCAAGCAACUCAUCUCCUAGUUUUCCUCGUACAUCUGGAACACCUGAGGGAUGGGAACAACCUGCAACUGUAAACAAAAAUCAUUCCAUAAGUGGGGCUAUCAAUCGCAAGCGUCCUAUGCCCACAGGAUCAGCCUCACCCCCCAUGGCUCAAUGGGUUGGUCAGAGACCACAAAAAAUCUCUCGAACCAGAAGAUCAAAUCUAGUGUCUCCUGUGUCAAACCAUGAUGAACUGCAGAUACCCUCAGAAGGCUAUUCCCCUUCUGAUGCUGGUGCUAGGUUAAAUUCUUUUGGAACCAAUGGGCUGCUUCAAAAGAGUGUUUCGAAUUGUGCCCACCAAAUUAGAGUUAAACAAGAAAUUGUUUCAUCUCCUGCCAGAUUAUCUGAAAGUGAAGAAUCUGGUGCUGGUGAAAACCGUGAAAGUAGAUUGAAAGAGAAAGGACCAGGUGGUGGUGAAGUAGAUGAUAGAGCUGCGACUGCUGUACAGAAUACUGGUUCUUCCCUAUUGCCUACAAAGAAGAAUAAACUGCUCAAUAAAGAGGAAAUUGGAGUUGGUGUGCGGAGACAGGGAAGGAGUGGUAGGGGUUCAUCCAUUUCUAGGGCUAGCACUGUAGCUACUAGGGAAAAAUUGGAGACUCCAGCCUCGACAAAGCCACUUAAAAGUAUGAGGCCUGGUUCUGAGAGGAAUGGAAGUAAGUCAGGACGCCCUCCUCUGAAGAAACUGUCAGAUCGGAAGGCCUUUGCUUGUCCGGGGCAUAUAUCAACCAACGGGUCUCCUGAUUUUGCAGGUGAAUCGGGUGAUGACCGUGAAGAACUUUUAGCAGCUGCAGCUUUUGCUUGUAAUUCCAGAAAUUUUGCUUGUUCUAGUCCAUUUUGGAAGAAAAUGGAACCAAUCUUUGGUCCUGUCAGUUUAGAGGAGGCAUCUUACUUGAAGGAGCAGCUCAUAUGUAUGGAGGAGAAGGAUGAAUGCAUGUCUCUGAUGUUUGGCAAUGGAAGUAAUGUUACGGGUGAUAUUGUGCGUGAAGAAAAUUUUGCGUCCAAGACUCUUGCUUCUGGAUCAAAAGAGAGGAACUUGCAAGACCAUAUUCAAAAUGGAGGUAUAUCACGUGGAAGAUUAGACUCCGAAAGAAUGAAGAAAGUGCCUCCACUGUACCAAAGAGUAUUGUCAGCUCUAAUCAUGGAAGAUGAAAUUGAAGAUUUUGAAAAAGAUAUUGACUGGAGAACCAUGUCUUUACAAUAUAACAGAGAUGUUUCUUCCACUGCUACAUGCGCCUCUAUUAAUGUUGAGCCAAGGAACAGGGUUGGGAUUCAGUUUGCAAACGAAACCAAUUUGGGUCCUCAUCUCAAUCAAUGUUCCGUUGACAGUCUCCCCUGCAAUGGGACUAGUGGCUUUGCUAAUGCCACAGGAAUCUGUAAUCAAAUACUCGCAGAUGAUUUGUCGAAAGUAGAUUUUGCAGUAUUGCAUUCAGGGAGUGGUCUGUUCCCUGCGUUUUCUGAAAAUGGUUGCCCAUAUGAGCAGAUGUCUCUGGAGGAUAGACUCUUGUUGGAGCUGCAGAGUGUUGACCUAUAUCAAGAAACAGUGCCUGAUCUAUCAGAUGGAGAUGAUGAAGCAAUUGAUCAAGAUAUUGUUGGACUAGAGAAGCUACUUCACCAACAGGUUGAUGGGAAGAAGAAGCAGUUGAACAAAUUUAUUAAAGCAAUUGAAGAAAGCAUGGACAUCGAAAGACGGCGGCGUGACCAGGUUGCCAUGGACAAGCUUGUCGAGUCGGCUUACAGAAAGCUUCUGGCCACUCGAGGAAGUAUUGCUUCAAAAUAUAAGAUUGCUAAGGUUCCAAAACAUGUUGCUGUUGCUUAUACGAAGAGGACUCUUGCUAGAUGUCGCAAAUAUGAAGAAAAUGGAAUAAGUUGCUUUAAUGAGCCUGCACUUCGAGAUGUCAUUUUCGCUGCACCGCUUCACGGAGGCAAUGCGGAACCCAUGAAAUGCGAUGGCUUAAGUUUGCCACCUGAAAAUCAAAACUCUCACCAAGAGCCCGUGGUGUCAGGUUCUUCCAAUUGGGCGGAGCGGCACGAUCAUCUUAACAAGUAUGGCAGAGAUUCUGAUGGUACUUUUGGAAGUCUUACCCAUCGCUCUGCGAAGGACUAUGCUAAAAAUGGACCAAUAUUUUACAGAGGGAAAAAGAAGGAAGUUCUGCUAGAUGAUGUUGGCAGUCCUUCCUUGAAAGCUGCAUCAAAUCCUGGUACUAUGCUGGGCCGAGCAAAAGGGAAAAGAAGUGAGAGAGAAAGGGACAAAGAUGUAUCAGCCAGAAAUUCUGUUGCCAAAGCUGGCCGUCAAUCAUUGGGUAACAAUAAGGGUGAGCGUAAAACGAAAACAAAGCCCAAGCAGAAGACAGCUCAGCUAUCAACUUCAGGAAAUGGGUUGGUUAGCAAUGUCGCUUCAGCUAGUGGUUUUAUUGAAGUUGGUGGCAAUAGUAAUAACAGAAAACGAGAGGUCGGGCCGGUACGCUAUAAUGACAAUUAUGAGGGUCCCACAGAGACCAAGAAACAGAUAGAUUGUGCAAACAUGCAGUUGAAUGAAUUAGACUCCAUAGAACUAGGAGUAGACAAUGACCUCGAUGGGAAUCAAGAUCUGAGUACUUGGUUGAACUUUGAUGAGGACGGUUUGCAAGAUCAUAUUGCGGAGGGGCUUGACAUACCUAUGGAUGACCUCUCGGAUUUAAAUAUGCUUCUGUGA